ACAUGCUGCUCGGCCUGAAAAGGCAGUGGGGAGCCGGAGGGGAGGCAGAGAUCGCGAGCGAGGCACCAGCCUGCAGCCGGCCCCCAGCACAUCCUCAGCCGCGCAGACACUGGGCGAGGUGGAGGUGAGGGCGGGCGCCAGCGAACUCGGAGAGGGGCUCGCUCACUCCCAGGCGAUCCCAGCCGCCGCACCACCAGCAGCAACAGCAGCAGCAGCUUCCUUCCUCAGACUCCCCUCGAGAGGCUGGCCAAGCGGGUGUAGCCGUUGGUGGAGGCUCCCGCCGGGGGAACCCGGCGAGGACAAGAGCAGGGCGGCCGCCUUCCACUCUGGCUGUCCGGCGGCUGCUGCCUCCGCCCGCGUGUCCGUCAAGGGUGCCGCGGGAUGUGUGUCAAUUUACGCCUCUGAGAUCACACAGCUGCCUGGGGGCCGUGUGAUGCCCAAGGCAAGUCUUGGCUUUAAUUAUUAUUAUUAUCAUUAUUGUUACGCUUGGCUUUCGGGAAAUACUCGUGAUAUUGUAGGAUAAAGGAAAUGACACUUUGAGGAACUGGAGAGAACAUACAUGCGUUUUGUUUUUGAGAGGAAAACCGUGUCCUCUUCCCGGCUUGUUCCCUCCUCGCUGAUUUCAGGAGCUACUCUCCCUUGGUGAGGUGGAAAUUCCAGCAAGAAUAAAGGUGAAGACAAGCCACCAGGACUCAGGAGGGAAACACUGACCAUUAGAAACCUCUGCAUAAGACGUUGUACGGAAGAAAAUAAGAGAGAGAAAAAUACAAAGAUUUAAACAAGAAACCUACGAACCCAGCUCUGGAGAGAGCCACCUUCUCCAAAAUGGAUAUGUCUCCUCUCACCUGGGUUUUCUUAGCCCUCUACUUUUCAAGACACCAAGUGAGAGGCCAACCAGACCCACCGUGCGGAGGUCGUUUGAAUUCCAAAGAUGCUGGCUAUAUCACCUCUCCCGGUUACCCCCAGGACUACCCCUCCCACCAGAACUGCGAGUGGAUUGUUUACGCCCCUGAACCCAACCAGAAGAUUGUCCUCAACUUCAACCCUCACUUCGAAAUCGAGAAGCACGACUGCAAGUAUGACUUUAUCGAGAUUCGGGAUGGGGACAGUGAAUCCGCAGACCUCCUGGGCAAACACUGUGGGAACAUCGCCCCGCCCACCAUCAUCUCCUCGGGCUCCAUGCUCUACAUCAAGUUCACCUCCGACUACGCCCGGCAGGGGGCAGGCUUCUCUCUGCGCUACGAGAUCUUCAAGACAGGCUCUGAAGAUUGCUCAAAAAACUUCACAAGCCCCAAUGGGACCAUCGAAUCCCCUGGGUUUCCUGAGAAGUAUCCACACAACUUGGACUGCACCUUUACCAUCCUGGCCAAACCCAAGAUGGAGAUCGUCCUGCAGUUCCUGAUCUUUGACCUGGAGCAUGACCCUUUACAGGUGGGAGAGGGGGACUGCAAGUACGACUGGCUGGACAUCUGGGAUGGCAUUCCACAUGUUGGCCCCCUGAUUGGCAAGUACUGUGGGACCAAAACACCCUCUGAACUUCGCUCAUCGACGGGGAUCCUCUCCCUGACCUUUCACACGGACAUGGCGGUGGCCAAGGAUGGCUUCUCUGCGCGUUACUACCUGGUCCACCAAGAGCCGCUAGAGAACUUUCAGUGCAAUGUCCCUCUGGGCAUGGAGUCUGGCCGGAUUGCUAAUGAACAGAUCAGUGCCUCAUCUACCUACUCUGAUGGGAGGUGGACCCCUCAACAAAGCCGGCUCCAUGGUGAUGACAAUGGCUGGACCCCCAACUUGGAUUCCAACAAGGAGUAUCUCCAGGUGGACCUGCGCUUUUUAACCAUGCUCACAGCCAUCGCAACACAGGGAGCGAUUUCCAGGGAAACACAGAAUGGCUACUAUGUCAAAUCCUAUAAGCUGGAAGUCAGCACUAAUGGAGAGGACUGGAUGGUGUACCGGCAUGGCAAAAAUCACAAGGUAUUUCAAGCCAACAACGAUGCAACUGAGGUGGUUCUGAACAAGCUCCACGCUCCGCUGCUGACAAGGUUUGUUAGGAUCCGCCCUCAGACCUGGCACUCAGGUAUCGCCCUCCGGCUGGAGCUCUUCGGCUGCCGGGUCACAGAUGCCCCCUGCUCCAACAUGCUGGGGAUGCUCUCAGGCCUCAUUGCAGACUCCCAGAUCUCCGCCUCUUCCACCCACGAAUACCUCUGGAGCCCCAGUGCAGCCCGCCUGGUCAGCAGCCGCGCAGGCUGGUUCCCUAGAAUCCCUCAGGCCCAGCCGGGUGAGGAGUGGCUUCAGGUAGAUCUGGGAACACCCAAGACAGUGAAAGGCGUCAUCAUCCAGGGAGCCCGCGGAGGAGACAGUAUCACUGCCGUGGAAGCCAGGGCAUUUGUACGCAAGUUCAAAGUCUCCUACAGCCUAAAUGGCAAGGACUGGGAAUACAUUCAGGACCCCAGGACCCAGCAACCAAAGCUGUUUGAAGGGAACAUGCACUAUGACACCCCUGACAUCCGAAGGUUUGACCCCGUUCCGGCGCAGUAUGUGCGGGUAUACCCGGAGAGGUGGUCGCCGGCGGGGAUUGGGAUGCGGCUGGAGGUGCUGGGCUGUGACUGGACAGACUCCAAGCCCACAGUAGAGACUCUGGGACCCACCGUGAAGAGCGAAGAGACAACUACCCCGUAUCCCACCGAUGAGGAGGCCACGGAGUGUGGGGAGAACUGCAGCUUUGAGGAUGACAAAGAUUUGCAGCUCCCUUCGGGAUUCAAUUGCAACUUUGAUUUCCCCGAGGAGCCCUGUGGUUGGAUGUAUGACCAUGCCAAGUGGCUCCGGACCACCUGGGCCAGCAGCUCCAGCCCCAACGACCGGACGUUUCCAGAUGACAGGAAUUUCUUGCGGCUGCAGAGUGACAGCCGGAGAGAGGGCCAGUAUGCGCGGCUCAUCAGCCCGCCGGUCCACCUGCCCCGAAGCCCGGUGUGCAUGGAGUUCCAGUACCAGGCCACGGGCGGCCGCGGGGUGGCGCUGCAGGUGGUGCGGGAAGCCAGCCAGGAGAGCAAGCUGCUGUGGGUCAUCCGCGAGGACCAGGGCGGCGAGUGGAAGCACGGGCGGAUCAUCCUGCCCAGCUACGACAUGGAGUACCAGAUUGUGUUCGAGGGAGUGAUAGGGAAAGGACGUUCGGGAGAGAUUGCCAUUGAUGACAUUCGGAUAAGCACUGAUGUCCCACUGGAGAACUGCAUGGAACCCAUCUCAGCUUUUGCAGGUGAGAAUUUUAAAGGGGGCACCCUCCUGCCAGGGACCGAGCCCACAGUGGACACGGUGCCCGUGCAGCCCAUCCCAGCCUACUGGUAUUACGUAAUGGCCGCCGGGGGCGCCGUGCUGGUGCUGGUCUCCGUCGCGCUGGCCCUGGUGCUCCACUACCACCGGUUCCGCUAUGCGGCCAAGAAGACUGAUCACUCCAUCACCUACAAAACCUCCCACUACACCAACGGGGCCCCUCUGGCGGUGGAGCCCACCCUAACCAUUAAGCUAGAGCAAGACCGUGGCUCGCACUGCUGAGGGCCGAAGCAAGAACAGCACCCAAAACAAACGAGAAAGACUGCAAACACGUUGCCUCGAUUUUGCACUUUUUUCUCCUCGCCUAGUUUCUGUGCGAACUCUCAGACAUCUCUCUCCCAGGUCCCCAACCCUGAGCACUCUUAUCAAUCCCAACCAUCCUCCUUGGGUUCAUUUUGGUUUUUGGUUUUUCUUUUUCCUUUUUGUUGAUUCCAAACCAACAAACCCAACUGUAAUGCUGCAUCUUGGACUAUCCGAAGAGAUCCACCCCCAAGCACUCCACAACUCAAGGCUCAGCUGGUUUUGUUCCAGAAACUGGUUCGCUUGUUUUUUCCCCUUGCCUUAUCCCAUACCUCCUCUCAGUGGACAGUCUGCCAGGAGACGUGAGGGGAAGCCUGGAUCUGUGUGUAUGUACAUAGUAGACAUGUGCGUGUGUGAAUAGCUGUCUGUGUGUAGGUGUGUGAGAGAGAGGCUGGUUCAUUGUGUGUGUGUUUGUGGGGGGGCGGGUGAGUGUUCAGAGAGGGCCCCUUUAACUCUUGUGUUACUUCUCCUGGGGUACAUUUUACAGGAAAAUAAUAUACUGUACAAGUUUUGUUUACUUGGAGAAGAGAUUGAAGCUUUUUGUUGCCUUAUCUAGCUCUGGCUGGGUUUCUGUUGGCUGCCAUUAUCAUCUCCAGGUACCUAAAGAAAUAGAGGCCACAUGGGAUGCAGUGUGGCCUCUCCCAUCCCUAUCCCCAUCCCCAACCCACCUGACCCAAGAGAAGGUUCCCCUAGCACACUCAGACAAGACCCCCUUGUCUUCUGGUGUCUUUGAAAUGUCAAGAUAACAGCCACUGGGUGUGUGCGGAACCACCUCUCCAGCCCUGAAGCAAAUCUGUCUCAUGUUGCCUUAUAAAAGAGAAGCUCAUAAUGAAUGUUUAGCUUUUAUCAGUUACGUCCAAUCUUGGAAUAAGUCAUAGAGAAUAACAAGUCUGGGACUGAUGUAGGAAAAACAGUAGUCUAUUUAAGUUGAGAGCAGGAGGAGGUGGAUGAGAGAAGGGAAGAGAGGGAAGAAGUGAAAUGUUGUCUCCUCACCCAGGGUGGUUAUUGGGCCCAACCUAUGAUGGGGUUGAGUACGAAGGUUAAAAACCGUAUACUUUGGUAUUAUAUUGGUUGUUGUAAUAGCAGUUGUAAAAUAUGGGGGGAAAGGGGAUCAUUUGCUUUCCUUUCAUGGUGUUAAUGUGUGCCUGAAUCUAUAGCCACUAAAAUGUAAGGCUGUCCACCUGACUUAUUUAAAUAUUAUGAGAGAAUAGAAAGUAAUCAAUUUUGAAGUGUACCAAUGUGCUGCCCCUUAAAGCAUUCAUAGCAUCUGGCAAAUAGGCCCUUGUAGGCUGGCCUGGCGUAUCCAGAUCUUGCUGCAUCAUUACAGAGAAGGUCUAAUGAAGAUGUAACCAUUGCUGCUCAUGUGUCUUCUUGAAGCAACAAGGGGAAUGGGAUGUAAGAGAGAAGUUGCUAAUGAUACUGUACAAAGGACAGAUUAAAUAAUGAAGUCAAUUUCAUUGAUAGAAAAUGCAAAUUUUAAGAAUCUCAGUGUACGAGGGCUCAGCCUUGGGAGCAUUUAUUUUUUACCUUCCUGCUAAAAAUCCACUGGGGAGGUAUAAAAUUCACUCCAAAGAAGUUUGCCUGGGCCAAAAGCCUCCGGGUUCCUUCUGAGAACAAAAUACUAAUGAUUUUUUUUUUUUUUUUUUUUUUUUUUUGGCUGCUUGAGAGAGACUUUCAGCAUUCUUUCACAAUAUCCAGAUAUAUCCCUUCAGCACACACACUCAACUUUCUCAUCUGGUUCAUUUCAUCCUCCCGAAAGAAUAGUGCUCUCCCACUCUUAUUCUAUUUCAAAGAGCUACUCUGUCUCAACCAUAGCAGCCCUGCCAAGAAAAGACAAGAUGAAAGGCUAGAGCAUGUGCUACCUUGAGAUUUCAAGAAGUGUCCUACCUCAGCUGAAGACGGAGAAAGAAACGGGGAGUGGGGAGGGGAUCAGCCCAGGGUACCAUGUGAUGACUAAUAUGCCACUCAUUAAGGGCUUUUAUCUCGGCCGUCCACAUCCAGUCAUGCAUUUGGGACCAGGCAUGCUUGUAAAAUGAUUGACAUUCCUGUAGGCGCCCCAUAGAGGUGUGGCGUCGAGAAAUUAUAUCUGGCAAAUGCAGCCAGUGUAGUGACCGACUGAGUUACCAUAUACCCUGGUGAUUCCCCUUCUGUAACAGAAGAUGACAACAACUUUGUGAACUUUCUGUAUCUUUAUCUGAUGCCCCAAGUGGCAUCUUUAUGUACAUGCCUUAGUUGAGAAUAUGAGACUGCUCUAAUCUUUGUGAAUCCCUUCACACUUCAGCUGAGGAUGUCACCUUCUCUGUCUCUCCCCACCCCACAACCUCUGCCUUUGCUCUGUCUACCCCAGCAAUUUUCAUAGUGUUAUCCAGGUACUAUGCUAAAAGGUCAGCUCUUCUGUAAAAUGCCAUGCUUCGCAGCUUUAAAAAGCAAAAUUCUGUAUUUCAUGGAGGGAGGGAAGGGUCACUCUCUUCUAAGAAAAAUAGACUGGACAGGCGAAUGCAUGCAUGCAUGUGUUUAGAGUUGCUUCUCAGAAGACAAAGAGACGAUAGCAACUAUUAAACUACGAAUGAAUGAAUGAAUGAAUGAAUGAAUGAAUGAAUGAAUGAAUGAAAGAGUUGAAGGCCUAGCUCGGGCUGAUAAAGCUUUUGCCUUAGUAGAGGUUUUAUGUCAACACCUUCAGGAGGGAAGCCCUUAUUUCUGGGUUGAACUCCCCUUCCUUGAUAUUAUGCUAGCAAUUGCCAUCACUUAGUUCCUGGCGAAGGCAGAAAAAGGAAACAAAAAAAUCAGCAUUGUCAUUGACAAAACUGGAUGCUGAAGAUAAAGUAAAAUUGUCUUUUCCCUUGUCCCACAUUCUUGGGAUUAAAGCCAGAAUUGAAUAGGAAAUACAGUAAUAUUUCUGAAGUUGAUAGCCUGUCUUUAAGAAGACCCUGUCUUUAAAAUGAAACUAGCAGGCAAACACCUAAAUAAUUGAAAAUUACCAAAGAACAACAAUGAAACAAGAAAACCUAAAGAUUUUUACUUCCUAUUCUUAUUCCUCUCCUUAUUACUGUGACACCCCUUGUGUUGCGCAGUUGCCUGUGUGUCAAAAUAACUUGUGGAUGUUGGAAAUUAUUUGAAAAUGUAUUGUGUGGAAUAUAAUAAAAUGAUGAUAUUUUUAUACAAA